CUCCGCCCUCCAAACAAUCAGGAGUCAGUUGAUUGGAGGAACAGCAGAGAGCGUGAAACUGCAGCAGCAGAAAGUUUGGCGCCAUGGCUGAUAGCCGAGAGGAGGAGAAACCAGAGCAGGAGCCGAUGGGCGCCGCGGGUGGAGAAGAUGUCAUUGAUGAUCCUAUCUUAGAGCGAGGAGCAGUGGUCCUUAGAGGGUAUGUGAUCACACGCAUAAACACAGAGGACCCUAGUCGGCAUGUCACCUCUGAGGAUCUGGGAGGAAGGCCAGAUGAACAACAGGAUCCACAAAUCAAAGAAGUGGUGGACCAGUUGCGCAAGAUAGCGGAUGAGUUAAAUCGGAAUGCUGAGCUUCAGGGACUGAUCAACCAGGUUCAGGGGAACUGUGCUCAGGACAUCUUCAUGGCGGUGGCAAGAAACAUCUUUGCUGAUGGCAUCAACUGGGGUCGAAUUGUGGCUCUCUUCCAUCUGGCCUAUAGAUUAAUAUACAAGGCUCUUACCACCAAUCAUUUAGAGAACAUUCGAAUGGUCAUCAGCUGGGUUCUUCAAGUCAUCAGAGAGCAGCUCCACACCUGGCUCGUGCAGCAAGGGGGCUGGGAGGGGGUGAUUGGUAGUUUUUCUCGAUGGAGGACAGUGGCCAUUGUAGCAUCAGUAGCAUUGGUGGUAGCCUUUGUUUACUACCGGAAAGUACGAUGAAAACCUCAAACCUCACAACCAAGAAUGCAGUCCAUUCGUCUGGAUACAUGCACCCUCUUUAGAAAUUUAUCACAAUCAUUCCUCAGCCUCCAUUUCAUUAACAAAAGGAGGUUAAGUACUGUACUUAAAUGGAGGGACCUUCUCUUUUCUCAGGUUUUAAAGAACAAAAGUGCUUUUUAUCACCAGAUGUCAAGUGAGCAUCUCAGUCUUUCUUCACUAGCAGGUAAUCAGCACCUCCCAUGGGUUUGUGAGAGCUGCUGCAACUUACCUUGGAAAGACUAAGCUGGAUGCUCUCAGAUGUUGAGCAGCAGUGGUUGUCAGAUUAUGCUUUUUAUGGACAAAUUGUACCUCUAAUCAAACAGGCCUGAGGACCUGUUCUUACCUGAACCACAUCUGAGGCUUUUAAAAAAAAAAAAAAAAACUGUGAAGAGACCUGAGGGAAUUAACACCACCAUAUUUAUUUUAAUCAAGUCAAUCAAAAUUAUACAAACUGGUAAACUUAAUAUGCUGUAGCUACACAGUAGGUCGUGCCUGAACUUUUAACUGUUGUAUUCUUUCCAAAAGGCAACCUUGUUGUCUCUCUAAAAAGUCUUUUUAUACACUUGUUAAGUUUUUGGUAUCAAAGACAAAAGGUCUUCAAAUCAUGCUGGAAAAAAAAUGUGGGUGAAAUGCUUAUGGAUUUUUAAAAAUAUACAAGGACCCUCAAAACUAUCACAUAUCAUGUACAGUUUUUAAGACUUAGGGAACCAAAUCACUGAAAUAUUUCAGAUUUUUUUUUUUAAAAGACAGUGGGGGAAAUGUGCUGGUUUUAAUAACUUGUUACCAAAGAACUUCAGUGUUUAUAAAAAAAAAUUUCAAAAAAAAGUGCAGUGGUUUGAAUAAAUUU